AUGGCCCAACGAACUAGAAAAUUUUCCGUUUUCUUAAAAAUUCUCACAUGUUCCCUUUUAUCAUAUACAUUUCUUGAAUCAUGGGAGACGGGGUCGUGCAAACAAAAGGCGGUCAGAGUCAGCAGAUUGUUAACAAGGGACUCCCCCAUAAUAACCCCACAACAAGGUCAAUACUCAUAUUUAAAAAAUAAGGUCCUUGAUCUGUUGAACGAAGAACAUGAUUCUUUUGGAAGAAUAUACGACUUAACACACGGUGAGGUAUUCAGAAACCCUUUUACCAACCUAAUUCAUGAGGACCGUUUCCGAAAAAAAAGCUACCGCAAUUUAGAUGCAUCCUCUGAUGAUAUGAGUAGUAUAAAUGAAUUCAAGAGAGCACUACAAGAACAAUCCAAAGGAAUUAAUGAUUCCUUAGACAUCGACUGUUUUUAUGAUGAUGAAGCUUCCUCCAACACACCAUCAGCCAUUGAAUUCGAAGGACAUGAUAAAUCCAGAAGUUCUCAUAAAUCAUUAACAUCUGAACGAAAAAACAAACAAUCAACUGGACCUAUACAAUUCACGUACAAAGUUGAAGAAAACUUAGAAACUCUUAAAGAAAUGGUUAGGCAAGCUUCUGCACAAGGAGAGCCAUCUGAGGGUGGGAUCCUGGGAGCCUUAAAAAAAUUUGAUCGACAAUUUGAAGUCGAAUUAUUACGUUCAGUGAAUGAUAAAUGUCUUUCUGACUAUGAUGAAUGCAAAUAUAAAACCCUAAAAGGAAGAUACCAACACUUUAUGAAAAAAUUUAAAAUAUACUUACCACCAACUGUAACCAUGUUUCUUAUAAUGUUAAUGCUUGUAUUUAAAUCCUUAGUUUCCUAUCAAUUCAUAGCAGCUUGGUCAAUCGGAUUCUUUACAAUGAUAGUUUACUAUUUAUAUAAAUUGUGGAAAAUUUCCAAAAUAAAGGAGUGUUACAAACGCUUUAACACAAAAGGGAAAUUGAGAAAACCAAGUGAAUACUAA